AAAUAAAAGGAGACAUUCACAAUACGCCAAAUACAGAUUUAUAAUAUCUUACAAUAGAUAUAGCUUUUGAAUUUUUUACAAUUUUCAGAGACUUCAUUUGGCAUUUUAAGUCUAGAUGUGGUGAGUCAUUGGCUGUUGACAUCAGAGCACGCUCUGCUCAAACUCCUCCUCACUCUCACGCUCGUUUGAAAGUUUAAGAGCUGUGGGUAAAAGUUCGGCUUCACUAGAAGUAUGGAUCAUCUCUGCUAUGAUAUUUAGUUUCCCUUAAAUUCAGAAGAAGAAAAAGAUUGCAUGGCUGCAGACUCUAAUGGCAGUUGCCAUGAGCAACCCACUCUCUCUGGUGGAUCUCCUACAACAACUGCGUUUAUGUUUUCCGCCGGCGUCCUUGGGAACGUGGUCGCCCUAAUUCUCUUGGAACUACGGCGGAGGAAACAGCCCGCAUCUUUGUUCCAAGUCCUCGUCACAUCGUUGGUCUUCACGGAUUUGCUGGGAACUUUCUCCGUCAGUCCACUGGUUUUAACCGCGUACUUUAGGAAUGAAUCUCUGAUCGGUAUGAGUGAACGCCGAUUAGUUUGCGGCCACUUUGGAUACGCCAUGACUUUUUUCAGUAUGGUCACUCUCGCCAUUCUUCUUUUCAUGGCAGUGGAGCGCUGGCUCUCCAUCGGACAUCCUUACUGUUACGAGAAGCGCAUGAGUAAACGCUGCGGGUACAUCACCAUCGCUCUCAUAUACCUGUUUUGCGCUCUUUUCAGUGCCACACCUUUCUUCGGCUUUGGGAAAUAUGUUCAGUACUGUCCCGGUACGUGGUGCUUCGUAGACAUGCGCCCGACUGCGACAGAGCAUAAAGUGUUCAAUAUCAUCUACGCGUCUUGUUUGCUCAUUAUGAUUGUGUGUACGGUUUUAUGCAACGCGUCCGUCAUCUAUCAUCUGUCACUCAUGUACCGAAGACGCAAGGCGCACCGGAGCUCUGUCCGAAGGCAGCGAGGACACAAGAGGCAACGAUCCAUCGCGAAGGAGGUUGAACAUCUGGUGCUGCUCGGGGUCAUGACAAUAGCAUUCGUCAUCUGCUCUCUUCCUCUUGUGAUUCAACUGUACAUCAACAUUUUCGACCACUGUUGUUGCGAAAACAAUCGCAUAGCCCUUCUUUUAGUAUCGGCCAACCCCAUCAUAGACCCCUGGGUCUUCAUCAUCCUCAGCCCUCCAGUGCCUCGUCUGCUCUGGGACAAGAUGUGCAAGACUGCAAAGUUCAAAUCCACCCAGGAGAAGGUCCGGAGCAUUCAUCCAGUCCUGUAUCAGUCAAACGCACCUGGCGAUUUGGGAGGCAGUGUGAUGAAAGUUAACACAGGAAUUCCUGGAACUCCCGGCUCCUGAUCUCUAAAACCUCCCUGUGUUGUGGAAAGGAUCAUGGAGCGAUCGCUCACUCAAAUAAUGAAAAUAACGGAUACUGAAGAUCCAGGUCACUGGAUACCUAAACAGAUGGAUCUGAGACCAGAGGAUGAAAGAGCUGUGUGGUGUAUAAUAAUGCACCUAUAAUGUCAUGGAGAACAUAAAAGAGUUUUUACAUAUAUAUAUACAUAUAUAUUUUUUAGAAAAGUAAACUUAUUUAUUUUCAUUAUUUAUGGACACUAAAACAUUAUUUUAGACUGGAUGGAAAAUAAGUGAGUGUUUAUCGGCAGGAAACCCAUUGGUUAAUAUAAAUAAAUAUUUACAGGGUGAAA